AUGAAUUUCGACGGUAGUGUGCCUAUUGGUGGAGAUAAAGUUAGAGUGGCAUUCGUGAUCAGAGACCAGGAUUCUAGGUUGAUCGCUACCGAAAGACGUCGAUUCUUCGAGGUGUCAGCUCUUGGGGCGGAUCUUAGGAUAGCAUGGGAAAAGCUCUCCUAUGUGAGACAGGUGCUUGAGGCGGGGUGCAUCAUCCUCGCGGGAGACUCAGCCAAGCUCGAAGAUCUUGUGGAAGUUCUUGGAAGAUAUGCAUUUUGCUAUUCUAAGUUUUGCAAAGAACUUGCAAAACGUUUUGCAGAAAAUUCCAGCAAUCUUUCAUCACCUGUUGCAUCUCAGUCGUCACAUGCAGCCGAUGGCCUUCCCAAUCUGAAGCCUCUACAUACAAUGAAGGAUAAUUUAUAUGAAAAACAGGAGAUUGUUGAGACAACCCGUUCACCAAAAGCUCCGAUUCAAUCACCAGUUAUCAAUCCUGUUAAAAGGUCCAUUGGUGGAAAGAAGAUUGGAAGUAAAUCUGGGGGCCUUCAUUCUCGGAAGCUUGCCACAAAGCCAAUUGAAAGUCUCUAUAAUCAGAAGCCUGUAGAACCAGCAUCAGCUGUGACUUCCAUGGCUAAUUCCAUGACAGCAUUUGGCUCAUCUUUUCCUUCUCGUUUGGAAUAUGUGGAGAGCAUACCAUCAGCUGAAAACAUUUUGAGAGAUGCUCAAGUGAUUGGUAAUGUUGCCCCUCCAAAAUCUACAAACUUGCUUGCGGAGUCUGGAAUGGAUAAUGGAUCUUCUAAGAAAUCAGCCUCAACUACAAAAAUUAAGGUAGAGGAAAGUAAUGAAGCAAGACAGAAGUUUUCGAAUGCAAAAUCCAUCUCAUCAGCCAAAUUUUUUGGUGAUCGGAACAAAGCAAGUGACUUGCAAAGAUUUACUGCAUCACAGGACAUAUCCGCCCUCAAGGACAUUGCUGGGGAAACUGGAAAAAAGCUGACGCCUGGAGCUUCCAGGAAUGCUUAUAUGAUGAACAAUGCCUUGUUUGAUGGAAAGGAUUGUGGUCUCUGUUCAGCUCAAAGGGAUAUUUCUUGA